UCCACCACUGCACCUCACACACACAGCAAGCAGCAAACCCAACUGAAGCUUCUCAUCUUUUACUAGUCCAAGAAACAAAGGGCAGGGAAGAAAGAGAGAGAGAAGCUUAAUUUGCCUCCUGUCUCAACCAGCUGGUCUGAUCAGCAGCAAUUUUUGCUAGUUGGGAGCAAGAAGCUAGGCAUGGGGAGGGGAAGGAUUGAGAUCAAGAGGAUCGAGAACACGACCAGCAGGCAGGUGACCUUCUGCAAGCGCCGCAACGGGCUUCUCAAGAAGGCGUAUGAGCUCUCCGUGCUCUGCGACGCCGAGGUGGCGCUCAUCGUCUUCUCCAGCCGCGGCCGGCUCUACGAGUACUCCAACAACAACAAUGUCAAGGCUACAAUUGACAGGUACAAGAAGGCACAUGCCUGUGGCUCAUCCUCUGGGGCACCCCUCAUAGAGGUCAAUGCUCAGCAAUACUACCAACAGGAAUCUGCUAAGCUGCGCCACCAGAUCCAGAUGCUGCAAAACACUAACAAGCACCUGGUUGGCGACAAUGUGAGCAACCUGUCACUGAAGGAGCUGAAGCAACUUGAAAGCCGCCUGGAGAAAGGCAUUGCAAAGAUCAGAGCUAGGAAGAAUGAGCUGCUGGCUUCUGAGAUCAAUUACAUGGUCAAAAGGGAGAUGGAGCUUCAGAACGACAACAUGGACCUCAGAACCAAGAUUGCAGAGGGGGAGGAGCAGCUCCAGCAGGUGACGGUGGCCCGGUCGGCCGCCAUGGAGCUGCAGGCGGCGCAGCAGCAGAACCCCUUCGCCGCCGCCGCCGCCGCGCAGCUGGACAUGAAGUGCUUCUUCCCCGUCAACCUCUUCGAGGCGGCGGCGGCGCACGCGCAGCGCCAGCAGAUGAUCCCCACCGAGCUCAACCUCGGCUACCACCACCAGCUCGCCAUGCAGCCCGGCGCCGACGCGCCGCCGCCGCACUUCUGAAUUGAACAACCAAUGCAAACAUGCAGCUGCAGUAAUAAUGGAUGAGCUAGCUCGACCUUCUAAUUACUUGCAGACACAGACACUAAUGGAUAUCUCAUAUACUUGAUUAUCCAUCUGGCUAUAUAUAAUAUAGUGAUUGUGUGCUGUGCUGCAUUUUGUUUAAUUCCUUCCAAAACUGCUACUCCGGCCUACUUGUCAUGGACUAGCUCAUGUGUCCAAGAAAACCAAAUCUAUCAGAAGUACGUACUGAUGAAUUAAUAUUUCUGCAUUUGGGAUCAAAUUAACUAACUAAUGAAAACAUAUAUCUUCUAUUUAAC